AUGCCUUCCAUGACGGUGCUAACCGCUGUGGCCUUGGCUGGUGUAAUCAAAUUAGAUGAUGUUCUGUUAGCAAUGUCCUCGGACGGGUCACGACUCACAAGCGGUUCGCAAACCCGUUCCAACGCACUUUCACCGACCACCGCCUGCGCCCGCGCCCGCACCCGAUCCGCUGGUCGCAGCACCUCGCUCCUAUUCCCACUUGCAUCCCACGGUCCUCAUCCAUCACACACGAUGUACUUAAGACCCAGCCAUCGAUCAAUGUUAUUUCCAUUAUUUGGAAAGAUAACAUCAUGUUUCUAUGCAAGUCCUAUUAUAUAG